AUGGAAGAUUUCAGAGCGACCUUCUACAAUCCUUUCGAAAUCAAACACCGGCGUCGUACUUCUAGAGCACAACUCAAAGUAUUAGAAAAGUCUUUUUCAGAGAACCCCAAACCAAAUGCAACCGUUCGUCGACUACUUGCCCAGCAGUUAGAUAUGACCCCACGUGGAGUUCAGAUUUGGUUUCAAAACCGUAGAGCUAAAGCCAAA